UUAGUCGGCAGUCCCCGUUCAAGUGCCAUACAAGAUUGAGGGCCAAUAAUUGCAUAAUAAACAAAAAUUGUAUCUGUUUUGAAUACCUACCGAUUGUAACCAUCCAACUUUCCACCAGGAAGAAUGUUUCAGACGAAAUUCCAAGAGCCGUUAAUCAGCGUGUACUAUAGCAUCGGCAGCCGUCCGCUGGAUAAUUGGUCCGUUCAUCAGUUCAAAGAAGGAGAAAUGCAACAUGUCCAAGACGAUCUGCUAAAGUCUAAUGUGCUCCAGUUACAGUCACCAAACGUGAACGCCUGUUGUAUAACAUGUCCUAUGAACCCCAAAGGUUCACUCGGUGUUCGGCUGCCGUUCGUCACGUUGUUGGUGAAAAACCUCGAACGAUUUUUUACUUUCGAAAUCACGAUUAUGGACAACGAAAACAUUCGUCGGCGUGUGCGCGUGAGCAAUUAUCAUACGAUCAAAAAGCUGAGCACGUUCAUGGUCACGAUGCCGUUUUGCAUGAAUGAGGGUUGGAACCAACUGAACUUGAAUUUGGCUGCGAUCACAAGUGACUCCUUCAAGACGACCUACGUGGAGACGGUCCGCGUCCAGGUGCACGCCAACUGCCGGUUGAGGAGAAUAUACUUUAGUGACCAGCUGUACAAGGACGAUCAGCUGCCGAACUCGUACAGGUUGCACGGGUCCAAGGACGUGCGAGAGAAACCGAAGAGCAUGCUGAGAAAAAAUGCGGUGGUCAUCGACAAAUAUUCGGCGGGCGACAAAUUGUAGAGAACAGGCCAUAGAGUACGGAUACGAAUGAAAGGCAGACUGAUUGGAACACUUUUUUUUCUGUGUAAUAUCUGCAAUGAUGGAUGCAUUCAUUUCGUCGAUAUAACAAUAUCGACUGCAACAGCAGUGUUGCAAGCCCAAAAGUGUAAUUUUAA